AUGGAAGCCCAGUCCGGGGACCCCGAUGCGACCUCCGGCCCGGUCGACCUUCCCAAUGGCAAACGACGAUGGCGACGGAAUCGGGUCGCUUGCGAUUCUUGUCAUACCCGCCGAGUCCGAUGCGACCGCGCUUUCCCCUGUUCGCGGUGCUUGCGCAGCGAUAUCCACUGCGAGUUCACCCGAGAGCGUCGCAAACGAGGACGCAUUGCGCGUGCAAAGCUCGCGAACGCAUCCACCGCACCGGGUGAAGCGACCGGGAGCUACGAACCCCGGGAGGACUCCGUCGAUGACCAGAAACUCCCCGGUCAGUCAGCGCUGUCGCCCAUGCAGGACAGCUCACCGGAGUCGGGGUUCCAACAACGCUCUCCCACGACCAACGAACUCAGUCUCUCGGCGCGGAGUAUAGAUGGCCCUCAAUCAGCAACGGACGGCCGUCGCCCGGCGCGACCAGGGCCCGAUGCGAACGCAACCGAGGAGUGGCUCUCUGCGGCGCACCUAUCUCCAGAGUCAUACGAUAUUUUAGGCGGAGCGAAGGGCAACGAGGGGCCUUUGCCACGCUUAUGGGAUAUCUGGACCCCCGGCGAUCUGGUGGGCCACCAUCCCCCCAAGCGCCCCCCGCACAACCCCCCUGUACCUGCGCAAACUCAUGCAGGGUCUGGCCAGAAAACUGGUCCACGGUCAGGACUGAAAUACCCGGUAUUAGAACCAGUGAUGCCGUUCAUCGAAUCAAAUCUUCCGCGUCGCCUGGUCUGCGACCUGCUGGAACUCUACUUCACGAGCGCAAUCUCAACACACAUGCACCCGGUUUGCCAUCAUAUCCACUGCUAUGUCCUGCGCAAGGCUUCUUUCCUGAGCACCGAUCGACCUAGGCCCAGUAGUCCAGCGUUACUCGCAAGUAUGCUUUGGGUGGCCGCGGUGGAUGAUCGCGCCUUUUCACUCUCCAUCUCCCCCCUACAGCGUCGGAAAAUCUGCCAAUUUCUGUGCGCUUUGACUAUUCGUCUCGUCCGACCAUUGAUUCACGUGUCGUUCAAAGAUCAGGAACCGCCCGAGAAUGCCAAUGCAUCCCAAGACCUCGCUACGGCGGCUGCCCAUCACCCAUUCGAGGGCGUUGGGGACGAUAAAGGACUAGUUGGCCCGGCAGGAUCCCUUGACGACGUGGUCACGUAUAUCCACGUGGCAUCGAUCAUCUCGUCCAGCGAGCAAAAGGCUGCAAGUAUGCGAUGGUGGCACGCAGCGUUUACGUUGGCUCGAGAACUAAAACUCAAUCAAGAGAUUGAAGUCAUGCCGAACAUUGACGGACAAUCCGAUGGAUCCAGUCCGUCAUUCGGCUACUCUCUGGCUGGCUGGGCAAGCUCCCCUGGCGGCCCAGUCUUUGACUACUCGAACCCGUCUCGACCGAGCUUGAAUUGCGUAUGCGACGAGAAGCACGAUCCGCACAGCAGCUCGAUGGUCACGGAGGAGCACCGCGAGGAACGCCGCCGCACCUGGUGGCUCCUCUAUAUCAUGGAUCGACAUCUUGCGUUAUGCUACAAUCGGCCUCUCGCCCUCCUAGAUGCGGAAAGCGAAGAUCUCUUGCUACCUCUAGACGAAGGGUCCUGGCAAGCUGGGAACAUCCAUAGUAAUAGCCCACGUGCAGACGGACCGCAAUGCCCCCGCUCUGGGGACCGGAACAAGCGUCGAGUGUUCCCCAAUUUCAUUUGCCACGACCAUUCCAUUCUCGGCUUCUUCCUGCCGCUGAUGACCAUCACCGGGGAACUGAUCGAUUUGAACCAGGCGCGAAACCACCCGACGCUCGGCCUUCGCCUGCAGGGCAAAGAAGCCUGGGAAGUGCAUGUGGUUGAAGUACUUCGGCAGCUGGAAAUCUACAAAGCCAGCCUCACGACGUUUGCCGCCGCCGCCGAUCCAGAUGGGACCAUGGCGACCGGGUAUACCCCCAAGCCAGACACCCCGGAUGGGCCGAUGUCACAGGCUUACUCCUGGCACACGCAGACGGUGAUUGCCUACGCCUCGUACCUCGUGCAUGUGCUGCACAUCCUGCUGGUCGGCAAAUGGGACCCAGUCUCUCUCAUUGAAGACAAAGACUUCUGGACCUCAUCUCCGGCGUUCGCAUCGACCAUCUCCCAUGCAUUGGAGGCGGCUGACGCGGUGCAGCAGAUCCUUCGCUACGACCCGGACAUCAGCUUCAUGCCGUACUUCUUCGGCAUCCAGCUGCUGCAGGGCAGUUUCCUGCUACUGCUGAUCGUGGAGCGGCUGCAGAAAGAGGCGGGCGAGGGCAUCCUGAAUGCCUGCGAGACGAUGAUCCGGGCCACCGAGUCGUGCGUGGUGACCCUGAACACGGAAUACCAGCGCAGCUUCCGACAGGUGAUGCGCAGUGCCGUGGCACAGGCUCGGGGCCGCCCCGUCAAUCCGAGCGAGAUCCGGCAUCGUCGCAAGGCAGUGUUAGCGCUGUACCGGUGGACGCGCAAGGGGACGGGAUUGGCUCUGUAA